AUGGACGUGGGUGCGGACGAGUUCGAGGAGAACCUUCCUCUGCUCCAGGAGCUCGUCCUGGGCGCCGACUUCGUGGGUCUGGACAUAGAGUUUACCGGCCUUCGUUCGAACCUGUUGGAGCCCCGUCAGAUAAGUCUCUUUGACUUGCCGUCUGAAUGGUAUGUGAAGACCCGCCGGAGUGUUCAGCAGUUCACCAUCUGUCAGAUUGGACUGUCCGUGUUCUCUACAAUCCAAGGAGAGUCGAACAAGUAUAUAGCCCAUUCAUGCAACUUCUUUCUCUUCCCCACAACAUUUGGGAUUUUGGACUCAGAAUUCUCUUUCCAGGCUUCCAGCAUCCAGUUUUUGAAUCAGUAUGGCUUCAACUAUAACAAGUUUCUCAAAAAGGGCAUUCCCUACAUGAACGAAGAGCAGGAGAAGAAGAUCAGGCACAGCAUCCUGGCCGGCAACUGGAAAGUGCGCAGCUCUCUGGAUAAAGACCAAAUCAAGGUGGUGAUUGACGAGGUGACGCGGUGGCUGGACCCAGCCGAGGAAGGCGACUGCAUGACCCUGCCUGGGAUCAUUGGGUUCCAGGCCUUCGAGGUCCAGUUGGUGCUGAGGCAGGCCCUCCCCAACAUCUGGACCAUGGAGAAAGACAAGGGGGUGAUGGUGAAGAAAGUGAGUCGGCAGCACCGCUGGUACCUGGAGCACAAGUCCGGCGACCGGGCCAGCUGCUGGAAAGAGAAGAUCCUUCUCUCGGCCCGGGGCUUUUCCGUCUUCUUCCAGAUGCUGGUGGAAUCCCGGAAGCCUUUGGUGGGGCAUAACAUGAUGAUGGACCUCCUGCACCUGCAUGAGAAGUUCUUCAGGCCCCUCCCAGAGAACUACGAUCAGUUUAAGCAGAAUAUCCAUAGUCUGUUUCCUGUCCUCAUUGACACCAAGAACGUGACCAAGGACAUCUGGAAGGAACUGAAUUUCCCGAGGGUUUCAAAUCUUUCCGAAGUGUAUGAAGUCCUCAACAGUAACUUGAACCCCACCAAGAAUUCCGGACCAGAGAUUGUGCAUGCCAGACAGUCUGAGAAAUAUGUGAAUACCAAGUGCCCACACGAGGCCGCAUACGAUGCCUUCCUGUGUGGGUCAGUCCUUCUGAAAGUGGCGCACUUGCUGCUGCAGCGGGCGCACGGCAACAGCCCUCUCCCCGAGUGCUCCUUCCCACAUUACCUCGACACGCUGGCGCCGUACGUGAACCAAGUGAACCUCAUCCGAGCCGGUGUACCCAAAGUCAACUUCUCUGGUCCGGAUUACCCAAGUUUCCGGCCCCCCAUCUUCAUCCUCAGUGUCAAGAGGUGGCCCAGCGUCAGUGAGCAGCAGGUGUAUCGUGAGUUUCAGAACCUCUGCAAGUUUGAUGUCCGGCGACUCACAAGAAGCCAGUUCCUGCUUCUGACCAAUAAGUUUAAGGACGCCCGGAACGUGCUGAAGGAAUACAGGGGCCACCCAAGCCUGCAGGUCUGCCUCUAUCGGUACUGGAGGCACUCCCCUGCUGUCAACUGCGUGCUGCAGGUCUGUGGCAUUCUCACCACCUGGGCCUUGCUGGCAUUCUUCCUGGGGAGACCCAGCUCCUGAGAGCAGCCUGCCUCCCG